UUAAAAUUAUUUUCGCGUUAACUGAAAGUCCUUUCAGGCUUGCCGUAGGUUAGAAAUUCGUUUCAGGGUCAGUCAAAGUUUAGUUGACUGUUCACUGGUUCUGACAGCCUCAAAGCGGCUGAAAACCGACACAUUCCUCCUCAAUGACGGCACGAAAUAUAUCUCGAUUCUGGGAAUGGGGGAGAAAGAUCAUUUGUGUUGGCAGAAACUAUGCAGACCACGCUAAAGAGCUGAAAAAUGCGAUUCCUACAGAGCCUAUCCUGUUUCUGAAGCCACCUUCUGCAUAUGUCAAAGAGGGCUCCUCAAUCCUUGUGCCACUGUAUUCCAGCAACCUGCAUCAUGAAGUGGAGCUAGGAGUGGUGAUCGGGAAAGGGGGCACGGCCAUCCCUCAGUCUGCUGCUAUGGAACAUGUUGCAGGCUAUGCUCUGUGCUUGGACAUGACAGCCCGGGACGUCCAGGAUGUGUGCAAAUCCAAGGGUCUACCGUGGACUAUGGCCAAAGCUUUCAACACCUCCUGUCCGGUCAGCGAGUUCAUCCCCAAAGAGCGCAUCCCUGACCCGGGGAACGUGACCCUGUGGCUGAAGGUGAACGACCAGAUCCGGCAGAACGGCUGCACCUCCCAGAUGAUUUUCUCCAUCCCCUAUCUCAUCAGCUACAUCAGCGAGUUCAUCACCCUGGAGGAGGGGGAUCUCAUCCUGACUGGGACCCCUAAAGGUGUGUCAGCCGUGCAGGAGCAUGAUCAGCUGCAGGCUGGGAUCGAAGACGUUGUCACCAUGAGCUUCAGAGUGGACAGACAAGAAAAGUAGUUUGAAAAAACAAAAUAAAUACCCAGACUCUUAAAAAAAAGAGUGAUUAAACCUGAUUGUAAAUUUCUUUUAAUUUUUUUCAAUAUCUUUUUGGAUCAGCAGAUGGCAGUGUUGUGCCACCAGACUGUAUUUGUAAUGCUUACGUUGAUUGAUCUAACACAUCACCUGUGAUCUGUUUUGCUAUAUUUUCUACCUAAACCAAGGAAAUGCAAAAAAAUCAACACCCAUUUUCACUGUUUCAUUCAAUCAGUGGGGGAAGAAGCAACAUGUACUUAAGUAUCAAAAUUUUAAAAAACAGCAGACAGACCCAUUUCAGCAUAAUGCAUUUCAUAUCAUUGUAUUCUAAUUAUUGUUGCAUUAAAGUGUACAUCACUUCA